GACAAUUUUCCAAAUUUUUUUGAACCGAGCGGGUGCGUUGUGGUGCUGCGCGUCGUUGCCGAAAAUAAAAAAUUAAAAAAUAAAUUUAGAGUAUACAAAGCGCAGCUCUUAGCCUUUUUUUUCAUCCGGCCGUUCGCUUGGGCGUUUUUGGCCGCUAUAAAAAAGAACAAAAAUAUAUGCCAUGUUCCGUGCGUUUGUGCCAGUGUGUGUUUUCGCCAUGAAACAACAAGACAGUGCCGACUCUUUUUUUUAACUAUGAAAAGUCCCCCUCGAAUAUAAAAAGAAAAAUAUAAAUAUCAUGAAAGAGCGGAAACCGCCCGCAUAGGCUUCAUCGAAAUUUUAAAUAAAUAUCACAGGUGUCGUGUCGCGGAAAGUAAAAUACAAGAAACAAUAAGCGAAACUUAGCGUGCUCGUUAAAGACUAAGUUGAGCUUUGCAAGGCAAACAUUUUAUUUUCGUGUGAUUUUCUAUAUCUGGCAAAGUGCAUUUUGUGUAGCGGCUGCCAGUUGCCACAAAACAACACAAGUCGACUCAAAAAUUCGUCUUUGCGCGAGUGGUACAAGUGCAACACUGCGGCCUGUGGAAAUAGUCAAGGCAAUAGUUAAUUAAACAAUAUUCUGCGUAUUUCGGACGCGAAAUUGGCGCGAGAAGCAUAACUGCAAGCAAUAUUAUUUGCACGCUGCGUGUUGCAAGUACACCUGGACACCCGGAAAAGAGCUGCCUGAUAUGAAAGCGAGCACAAAAUGCUGCUGAAAAAGAAACGCUAUAUGUACGAAGAGCGGGACGGCGCUAUUGACGCGCUCGUCGUCGAGCCAAGCAGCAACAACAACAAAAUGGCCGAUACACGCGAAGUGCGCAUUGAAGAGCAAUUAAAAGUGAAAAUUGGCGAGGCAAAGAAUCUGAGCAGUCGCAAUGCGGCAAACACAAGCUGCAGCACACAGGGCACACGGGAUGUCUAUUGCACAAUUGCCCUUGAUCAGGAGGAGAUAUGCCGCACACCCACCAUCGAGCGAACACUGGCCCCCUUCUACGGGGAGGAGCAUCAGUUUAAGAUUCCGCGCCGCUUCCGUCACCUGUCCAUCUACGUGUGGGAUCGCGACAUGAAGCAGGACAAGCCGAUCGGCAAGAUUGCGAUAAAGCGCGAGGAGUUGCACAUGUACAAUCACAAGGACCAUUGGUUCACGCUGCGGCCCGUCGACGCGGACUCGGAGGUCCAGGGCAUGGCGAAUAUCGAGGUGGCCUUCGAGGAGCAUCCCCAGCUGCUGCUGACAGAGAGCAUAUCUGAGGUGGCACAGAACACACACGCCUCCAACCACAACCACAACCACCAGAACCACCACACACACAGUCGCCAGCAGCAGCGCGCCCACCAGAACGACUACAAGGAGAACAACGAAUUGAGCAACAUCCAGAGAGCAGCAGCAGUCGGAUCGGCAGGCGGAACUGGCGGACACUCGGCCGGCAUGACACUCAAGAGUCGUGCAGCGGGCCUUUUCGGACACGUGCACCAUCCCCAGCAACAUCAGCAGCCACAGCAGCAGGCACAGCCCCAGCAGGUGUCCAGCACCAACUCCUCUACAGACCAGUUGGCCAACUGGAAGAAUGCGCAUGCGAGAAACGUCCGCGUGGCCAUCCGUGUGCCCGCCUGCGUGGACUUGGCCAAGAAGCAGGGCACCUGCGACCCCUUCGUCAUCUGCACCGCCCACUACAGCAACAAGCAGCAGAUCACGCGGCGGACAAAGCAGCGCAAGAAAACCGUCGAUCCAGAAUUCGACGAGGUAAUGUACUUUGAUCUCUACAUCGAUGCAGAGGGCGGAGGCAACACGGCCACCACGGGCAGCAACAAAUCCUCCGGCUCCCUGGAGUCAUCGGCGAACAAGGCGUAUGCCAUUUAUCCCUUGGGGGGAGCCGAUCUCGUGGAGAUUGUCGUCAGUCUGUGGCACGACGCACACGGGGCUAUGGCCGACAAGGUCUUCCUCGGCGAAGUUCGACUCCCCAUGCUCAACAAGCAGCAGCAGGCGGCGGUGCAAGCGGCAGCCUGGUACUACCUGCAGCCCCGCUCCCUGUCCAACAGCAGUCGUUCGUUGAACACAACCCCGCGUUCCUGUGCCACACCGCCUGGCACGAGGCUGAGUGUGGACUCCACCAUUGGGUCGUUGCGUCUGAAUCUGAACUACACCGCCGAUCAUGUAUUCCCGCUAGCCACCUACGACGAUUUGCUGAACCUGCUGCUCGAGUCGGUGGACCAGCGGCCGAUCACCGUCUCCGCUGUGUCCAUUCUGGGCGAGCUGGUAUCCGGGAAGACGGAGGUGGCCCAGCCCCUGGUCCGCCUCUUCACGCACACCGAACGCAUUGCGCCGAUCAUCAAGGCCCUAGCCGAUCACGAAAUAUCGAAUCUGACCGAUCCCACCACUAUCUUCCGUGGCAACACACUCGUCUCCAAGAUGAUGGACGAGGCCAUGCGGCUGUCGGGGCUGCACUAUCUGCAUCAGACGCUGCGACCCGUCCUCUCCCAAAUUGUGGCAGAGAAGAAGCCGUGCGAGAUUGAUCCCAGCAAGGUGAAGGAUCGCUCGGCCGUCGACACUAAUCUGCACAAUCUGAAAGACUAUGUGGAGCGGGUGUUCCAGGCGAUCACCAAGAGUGCCGACCGCUGUCCGAAAGUGUUGUGCCAGAUCUUUCACGACCUGCGCGAGUGUGCGGGCAAGCACUUUCCCAGUAAUCGCGAGGUGCGCUACUCCGUGGUUUCCGGCUUCAUAUUCCUUCGGUUCUUUGCUCCGGCCAUACUGGGACCCAAACUCUUUGAUCUGACCACCGAGCGGCUGGAUGCCCAAACGAAUCGCACGCUGACGCUCAUCUCCAAGACGAUACAAUCGCUGGGGAAUCUCGUCAGUUCGCGAUCAUCGCAGCAGCCCUGCAAGGAGGAGUACACCGGGGAGCUGUACAAGAAGUUCUGCACGGAAAAGCAUGUGGAUGCCGUCAAGCACUUCCUGGAGGUGAUCUCAACGCCCAGCCAGGCGGCCAACAGCAGCGGUAUCCAUCCGGCAGCUUCGGCAGCGCCACUCGAACCAGUAUUACUAAAAGAGGGCGAGGGCAUGAUGACCAAAUAUCCAACCAGCAGCAAACGCUGGUCGGUGGGACGGCAGUCCACGCAGCGCUACUUUCGCCUGACCACGCACACGCUCAGCUAUGCGAAGUCGAAGGGCAAACAACCCAUCUGUGAUAUACCGCUCCAGGAGAUCGGCAGCGUUGAGCAACUGAAAGACAAAAGCUUCAAAAUGCAAAACUGCUUUAAGAUCGUGCACAAAGAUCGCUCGCUUAUCGUACAAACAACAAACUGCGUGGAGGAGCGCGAGUGGUUUGACCUGCUGCACAAGAUCUGUCUGAUGAACUCCAUCCGCAUGCAGUAUUUCCAUCCGUCGGCCUUCGUCAGCGGCUUCUACAGCUGCUGCGGACGCUCGGACGAGAACACGCCCGGCUGCAAGAACGUAUCCGAUAAGGAGAUGGACUACUUUCAGAUGGAUCUGGUCACCGCAUUGGAUCCGCCCCUAGACCUGCAGCGUAUUCACACGCUCAUCAUGUCCAACAUGAGCAUGCUGGACUCGCUGCUGGAUCCGUUGACCUACCACCAGCACCUGCCGCAACAGCAGCUCCCGCAGCACAAUCCUCUGGUGCCGCUGGCCACCACCCUGCAGCAGCAGUCGCCACAGGCCUUUGCCGAAUUCAAACGCACCAUCGAAAAGCUGCGCGAGAAGGCUUACGCCAUCGACAGGGACCACCGCGACUACAAACAGGGUAUCACGCGGCAGCUAAAGUAUGGAAGCAGGCAGGCACCUAUCGGCGACGACAACUACUGGCACAUGAUGCGAGCCGCCGGCCAGCUGAAUCAGCAACACCACCAGCAGCAGCAGCAGCAACAUCAGCAGCAGCAGUUCCAGCCCGUGCUCCCACAGAUGCAGAAUGUACGGGCCUAUCCCUACCAGCCAUCGACAACCAGCAGCAGCAACAUGAACGCCUACUAUCUGCACAACCUCCAGCACCAGCAGCAGCGACUGCAGUUCCACCACCAGCAGCAGCAACAGCAACAACAGCUCCAGCAGCAGCAGCAGCAACAGCCACAGUUCCAGCCUCUGCGCAGCCACCAGCUGCAGCGCCACAACAAUAAUAAUAAUAACAACAACUGCGGCAAUGCGUCAUCCUCAAGUCCCUCAUCGACGGCAUCGAGUGUGGUGGCCGCGCCCAGCACCUCGUCGGCCCAGGCGGCGAAUGUGCUACAUAAGCCGGCCCCAACGAUCUAUUAGCGUUCAAGACCGUGCGUAUUCGCCCUGCCCCGAGCGAUCAUCCUGACCCGAUGAGGAAUACGCAUUGUCGCAGACGCAGAUGCUAGCGUGCUGCUGUACAAACAAAAAAAGAAACAGUUUUAUGCGCUAAUUUAAGAGAUUUUUUUUUUUUUUUACGAGUGUAAUAUGUAAAAGUCUAGACUUAAGUUUUUUUAAUUAACAGAUUUUUAUACACAAGAUUUUUACGGAACCCCCCUCCAGCAUACACCAGCAGAACGCCAACCCCAAACAGAAAGCGAAAUCUAAAUAUAUUUAAGCUUAUUUAUUUUUUGUAUGUGCUAACAUUAUUUAUACACAAACAAAAGUACGCAGAAAUGUGGAAGGAGGAUAGGAUCCACAGUAAAGGAAGAGAACAACUGAAAACUGAUAACUAUUUAAGUUUAAGCUACUAAAAAUCCGGAACCCGAAAAUUGCUAAGAAUUUUGAAACCCUUAGCCCUAAGCUGAAUACGAAAUACAAAAUAUAUAGAUGUAAAUAGUUAUGUACGGCAUAGAGAUGCACCCAUACAAAACAAAACAAAAAUAACACAAGUAGCGAAAUGAAAUGUUGUAUAUAGCCCAGUCCAUACAUAUAUCUCUCUAUAUGUACGAUAUAGGGAUAAUAUUAACUACUGUAACUGCAGUUGUGUGUUAGGCGUAGCGAAAAUUUCUAAAAAAAAUAAUAUAAUAAUUACAAAUAAGAGGAUUGCGAAAAGCAAAAUAAUUCUAAAAAUAUGUGAACGCUAUAUACAAAAAGAAAAGAAAGAAGAAACACAUACAUCUACAUGUAUAUUACUUUAUAUAACUGUCAUACAGCUAAUGUUAUACACGAUAUAUGUAUGUAUUCAAACAAUUCUAGAAUACAAACGAAAAGCAUUGUUAAGAACAAAUUUACUUCCAUUUUACAUACACAAAAGAAACACACACAUACACACACACAUACAUAUAUAUAUAUAUUGAUAUAUUUAUUAAAUGCAUUUAAUUUCAUGUUAAAUUUAAAGAAAAAAACGAAAAGAAAAAGUAAAUUGGGUUAGCUUCGACUUACUUCCACCGAUAUGUUUCCAAAGCUCUUCCAAUAUAUAAAAUUACACACAUUUUAUAGUUUAUGUUUAAAUAAUCAUUUUAUCGUACUUUUUUUUGCCAUAUUUAGUUGAUUGCAUUACAAAGUGUCUUCCUCUGCCGCCUCCGCCGCCGCGUUUAUUCUAUUGCCUUUUGUUGAUGCAUUCCAAUGAUUUGUGCAUUUUCUAAUUAAUUAUUUCUAAUCUAAUACUAUCUGAUUGAUAUGAUGUACAUACGAGAUGAGAGACGAAACUAUGAAUACUAUUAUAUUUCUGUUGCUAUGAAUUUGAUUUGUUUGCAGUUUCCAGUUUCGAUUCACUUGCUAAUUUUUAUUGCAUUUUUAAGAGAGGAGCAUUAUUUUUAUUAUAAUUUUACUAUGUCUAGAUCCUAAGUUGUUGGUACAAAGAAUCGAGAAUAUACAUACAUAUACACACACAGAUCUAGAGAUAUGUUUUCUAGCGUACAAAAUAAAGCGUAUCGCCAAUGGA